AUGACCAAGGUGUCCACAAACACUAAGUUUGAGUGUGUGCAGCUUCAUCACGGAGUUUCUCUCGGUUUGUGGGCUCAUCUAAAGGACCAACGUGGAUCGAGAAGUCAGCGCUCUCAGGAGGCCGACAAUUUUGUUGAAGAAAGAAGUGGAAGAAAAAAAUACAACCGUGGCGAGUUUGGGAAAGAUUUCACUGUGAAAGCUUCCCUAAAAAUGCAUCAGGUCAUCCACACAGGAGAGAGACCGUUCAGCUGUGACGAGUGUGGAAAGUCUUUUACGCAGUCUGGACACUUAAAAACACACCAACUCAUCCACACUGGAGAGAGACCGUUCAGCUGUGGAGACUGUGGAAAGUCUUUUACCGAGUCUGGAAACUUAAAAACACACAAACUCAUCCACACUGGAGAGAGACCGUUCAGCUGUGGAGACUGUGGAAAGUCUUUUACGCAGUCUGGACACUUAAAAAGACACCAAUUGAUCCACAGUGGAGAGAGACCGUUCAGCUGUGAUGAGUGUGGAAAGUCUUUUACCGAGUCUGGAAGCUUAAAAAGACACCAACUAAUCCACACUGGAGAGAGACCGUUCAGCUGUGGAGACUGUGGAAAGUCUUUUACCACGUCUGGACACUUAAAACCACACCAACUGAUCCACAGUGGAAAGAGACCGUUCAGCUGUGGAGACUGUGGAAAGUCUUUUACCACGUCUGGACACUUAAAAACACACCAACUAAUCCACAGUGGAGAGAGACCGUUCAGCUGUGACGAGUGUGGAAAGUCUUUUGCCCACCCUGGAAGCUUAAAAACACACAAACUCAUCCACACUGGAGAGAGACCGUUCAGCUGUGGAGACUGUGGAAAGUCUUUUACCGAGUCUGGAAGCUUAAAAAGACACCAACUAAUCCACACUGGAGAGAGACCGUUCAGCUGUGACGAGUGUGGAAAGUCUUUUACGAGCAUUUCACACUUAAAAUCACAUCAACUCAUCCACAGUGGAGUUAAAGCGUACACCUGUGAUCAGUGUGGCAGAGCUUUUACUCACAGUUACAGCUUACAGAGUCAUCUAGUUACCCACUCUGGAAUUAAGGCGUACAGCUGUGACAUUUGUGGAAAAACUUUCAGCCUGAUAGGGAGCCGAAAUAUUCACCUACGCAUUCACACCAGACAUGAUGUGUACAGCUGUGAUCAGUGUGGUAAACAGUUUACCACAAACACAGAGUUACGACGUCACAUGUUUACCCACACUGAGGAACGACCUUAUAAAUGUGACCUGUGUGAGAAGACUUUUAAAUCUCCACGUUACCUGAGACGACACCAACAGAUCCACACCAGAAAGACUCUACAAGUGCAGUUACUGUGAGAAGCAGAGCGACACAGAUGGAUCAAGUUCUCAACCCUGUCAUCGCUGUGGGAAAGACUUUUGUUGUGACCUUUGUGGAAAAACUUUAAUUCAUUGAAGGACUCUGAAAAUACAUCAACGUAGACACACUGGAGACAAAAUGAACUACUGUAAAGAAUGCGGGAGAGGCUUCACCACUUCAAAGGACUUCAAACAAUAUGAACUCCUUCACAGUGGCGUUAAAAAGCAUGUCUGCGAUCAGUGUGGGUCAUCCUUCAUCAGUGCACGUCAGCUUGAAAAGCAUAAACGAGUCCACACAUGAGAGAAACCAUACAAGUGCAGACACUGUGACAAAACCUUUUCACAAUCAUGUGAUCAUACUAAGCAUGAACGCAGACACAUGAAAGAGAACUUCAUCACGGCGCCCCCGUGUGCGGCAGCCUGUUACAGCAGCUCUGCUCGUUCUGAGUUUCUUUCUUUCUUAUCUUUUUCUUCUUGUAAUUUUUUAUAACUAACGUAUUAGUAAUUAGAUAACAAAUUUCCCACGUGUGGGACUAAUAAAGGUUAUCUUAUCUGUGAAAGAGUUUGAGUAAUCUCAGUUCAUACUCCACUCAGAAACGAUUCCAUGUUACAAAUAAACUGUUACGUCUUGAUUCCUGCUUUUACGUUAAUCUUGUAAACAGUACAUUUCCAUAACGACUGAAACCGGCCCAAUGAAUGAACAAUGGGCUGUGAGGUCAA